CAAAUUAGGGGGCAUACGCUGUUGGAAGGUUUUCGAAAAUUCACGCGUGAUUUUCGGUUGUGUUGUUGGCUGGCUAUACAAGUUAUUGUUUAAAGGUUCUAAUUAAUUUAAGCGAACGAAGAUGUCGGAUAAAAUCUAUUACUCGGGUAAAUAUUACGACGAUAAAUACGAAUACAGGCACGUAGUGCUACCAAAGGAAAUGGUAAAAUCAGUACCCACCACACGUCUCCUUCGUGAACAAGAAUGGAGAGCUAUGGGUGUUCAACAAAGCCAAGGAUGGGUACAUUACAUGAUCCAUAAACCAGAGCCACAUAUCUUAUUAUUUAAAAGAAAAAUAACAUCACCAGCACCAGAGAAUUAAACACAUUGACAUAACUAUAUCUAUUUGUAAAUAAUACUUCAGAUCAUUGUUAAUAUUCAUACAAAAACUCAGCUAUGACAGUUUGUAAUCCGUUGAUUUCUAAAAAAUCAAUGAUAUGCUAAAGUAUUUUUAAAAUUUCACUUCAAAACUGACUAAUCGUAGAAGAUAUAACGUUUUUAAAAUUCUUUGUUGUAAUCUGAGUGUAAUCUGUUUACUUUCAUUACUUCAACAAAAUCGUUUAUAAAUAUCAUCAAAACGUUCUGUAUAUAUGUCUAUAGAAUGCCCUAGUUUUUAACUGCAGUAUACAUUGUUCUUAACUAUAGAAUUACCAUGACAACUUGGUAUUUCAUUUAAUUUAACCGAAGUAGAAACAUACCAGAUUAUAUUGAUUUUCUGGAAAUCACAGUUCUAAAGCAGAAUCAGUUUCUAUUAAGAAUUUACUGAAUAAGGAAAAUCUUUAUAACAUUUGUGAUUAUAGAGUGCCUUGCACUAAUGUGCUUAUUCUUAAGGUAUACUUUAAUGUUACAUUUAGAAUAAUCAUUCCUUAUGUAUAACAAGAAUGAUGUAUUAUAAAAAAGUGCCUUUAAAUUCUAAGUUCAUUAACAGCAUACAUACUAAUUCGAGACUUCAUUAUUAUUAGUUAGGUGUUAAAUUCUGCGUUUAUUAAAUAUUUUGCCGGAAGAUUUUUACAUUUAUAUUGAAUUAAGUAAUGCGUUUAUUUUACACAUAACUUCAUUUAAGUUCUGCUCUCUAAUUAUACUUUCUUCAAUACUAUUUUAUCAGUAUUUUCCAAAGCUAAUUUCUAUGUCUUAGUAGUAGACGAUUUUCAUUUAUUUUUAAUAAAUAAAACUUGUAUUGUCAGUUCUUAAAUAAACAUUUGUAACUAACAUUUUACGUUUUUACUUUAUUUUCAACAUUAAAAGAAAAAACCAAACCUGAAUGUAAAUGAAGUAGCCUUGAUGUUUGUAACAUUUGUGUGUUCCCCUCUCGCAAAGCAAAAAUGAGUGAAACAAAUUUAGCCAAAUAUACGAGAAAGAAGGGGAGGGGUAGAGUAAUUAAAAGAAUCACGUGACUGACCUCAAUCCAAUUAUACAAACAUCAUUCCUAGCGGUCAAGUAAUUCUCACACUAAUUUUUGUAAAUUGUACAUUAAUUAAAUCAUCGUUUAUAUUGUUGACGUAUGUUGCGUGUACAUUUCGUUUCACUUUUAUUACAUAAUUUCGUUACCAUUUGUAUCUAGUAACAAGGAAACAAGUGAUUAACAAAAUUCGAAAUUUACAUACUAUGCUAUACAUAAGGAAUAUCAAAGUAUUAUCUGUGAACUUAAUCGAGACUGAAACAUUUUUACAUGAUAAACGUAUUUAAAUAAAGACGGCAAAUAAAUAAUCAGUAACGCAACAGUA